AUGCCCUUCAAGAUAUCCCGCACUCAGCGCCUGAGUGCCGUCAUUGCUAUCUCAACCUCUUUCUUCAUCGCUGAAAUCUCCGUUGGCUUUUAUACACAUUCUCUCGCUCUUAUAGCCGAUGCUUUUCACUAUCUUAACGAUCUAAUCGGAUUCAUCAUUGCCCUUGUCGCUGUUGUCGUCGCCAAUAAACGUACUCCUCCCAAGUCCCUCACCUACGGAUGGCAACGCGCGGAGCUUCUCGGAGCGUUUUUCAACGGAGUCCUGCUUUUUGGUCUAGGAAUCAGCGUAUUCCUGCAAUCUAUUGAGAGGUUUAUCUCGCUACAACCCGUCGAGAAUCCAAAACUGGUGCUUAUCAUCGGUUCGAUUGGCCUGGGCCUAAAUAUCAUCAGCGUUUUGUUCUUACAUGGUCAUGAUCAUGGCCACGACCAUGGACACGAUCACAACCAUGCCCAUAGCCAUGAUCAUGCUUCCGCUGACGAAGCCGACCUUCAUGCCAACACCCAUUCUCAUGCACUGAAAGACCAAAAUUUCCGUCACGUUGAUCACAAACACCAAAUCAACGCCUCGUCUGUCUCUCGACCUGGCCACGAUCUCGCCAUUAUGGGAGUAUUGAUUCAUGUCCUCGGCGAUGCAGGCAACAAUCUCGGCGUCAUGGCUGCCGCGCUGGUCAUCUGGCUUGCUGAUUACGAUGGAAGAUAUUAUGCCGACCCGGCGGCUAGUAUGGGCAUCGCCUUGAUGAUCUUUGCUUCGUCUAUUCCACUGAUUAAACGUGCGGGUCUUAUUCUACUGCAAAGUGCUCCUGGCGAAGUAGACCCGGAUGAUGUAAAACAUGAUCUGGAAAGAAUUCCCGGUAUUCGUGCCAUCCACGAGCUUCAUAUCUGGCGCCUAAAUCAGACCAAGUCUCUCGCAUCCGCCCACAUCUUGCUGACAGAUGAUGCAAAGACCAACUUCACUGGUCUAGCUAAAACCAUUAACGAGUGCUUCCAUGCGUAUGGAAUUCAUUCUGUCACGCUACAGCCUGAGGUCUGGUCGGAUCGUAAAGGCUUCAUGGCCACACCAGCUGGAACCGAUACAGAGGUAUCGGACCAACAAGCGAGGAGGGACUCUGACGGGUCUGAGCAAAGUUGUCAACUCGUUUGCGGAAAGCUGUGUGAAGACCUUUCAUGCUGUUAG